AUGACCGCUCGUGUCAUUUCGCUUACAGGAGUUUCCGUCCACAAUCUGCGGGAUAUCGAUCUCGAGAUUCCCCACCGGAAACUGGUUGUUCUGUGCGGACUGAGCGGAAGCGGAAAGAGCAGCCUGGCAUUCGACACCUUGUAUGCCGAAGGGCAGCGUCGCUACAUCGAGACAUUUUCGGCCUACGCCCGUCAGUUUUUGGAACAGCUCGAGAAGCCGGAAGCCGAGCGGAUCGAGGGCAUCCCUCCGGCAAUUGCAGUAGCUCGACAGAGUCCUUCGAAAUCGAGCCGCUCGACAGUGGGCACUACGACCGAAACAAUCGAGUUCCUGCGGCUGCUGUACGCCAAAAUCGCUCAUGUUAUCUGCCCGAACUGCAACCGCGAGGUGCGCCGCGAGUCGGCCCAAUCAGCCGCCGAACGGUUAUUGUCUCUGCCCGGCGGCAUGCGAUUCAUGGUCACGUUUGCCGCCUGGCCCAGCGAGGGUGGUAAUUACCAGCAGUUGGCCGAAUCACUUCGCGAAGAAGGUUACCUGAGGGUUAUCUUCAACCACCGCACUCAUAACAUCGGCUCCGAACCAUUCGAUGCCCCGGCUGAGAUUCGCGAACCACUGUAUGUGGUAGUCGACCGCUUGAAGACUGGCGAUGUCGAAGAGAAGCGGCUCCGCGAAUCGGUCGAGCAGGCCUUUGCCCAGGGUGAUGGGGCCUGCCAUGUGUUUCUCCAGGCCCCCGGCGAAGUCGAAAGCGAAGACGAACGGGAAAUCGAAGGCCGACCCUUUGAGAUCGACGGAAGCACUUGGCGACAUCGGCGGUGGAGUUCCAACAUGGUCUGCGACGGAUGCGGACGCGAGUUCCACGCCCCCGAGCCACGGUUGUAUAGCUUCAAUAGCGCAUUGGGAGCCUGUCCCGAGUGCGAGGGCUUCGGCAACAUAAUCGAUCUCGAUAUGGAACUGGUCGUGCCCGAGCCAUCGAAGUCGCUCCGCGAAGGGGCGAUUGCUCCCUGGAACACGCCGGCGUACGCCCACGAGUUGGAAGAAUUGCUGGCCCUGGCCGACGACUACAACCUUCCAGUCGAUGUUCCAUUCCACGAGCUGACGGAAGAACAUCUGCAACUUUUGCACGACGGUGUACCGGAACGUGAUUUCGGCGGGCUUUCCGGCUUCUUUGCCUGGCUCGAACGUCGCAAGUACAAGAUGCACAUUCGGGUGUUUCUCAGCCGCUGGCGAAGCUACCGGGUGUGCGAGGCCUGCGGCGGAACGCGGCUUCGCGAGGAGGCCCUUUGUGGUCAGGUCGGCGGGCGGAACAUCGCCGAAGUUUCGGCCCUGAAGAUUCGCGACGCGGCCCAAUUCUUCAAAGACGUCGAACUCACCGAGUGGGAACGCACAGUGGCGGCCACCAUGCUCGACCAGGUACACAACCGGUUGGCGUUCCUGGAAGCAGUCGGGCUGAGCUACCUGACGCUUGACCGCAUGACGCGGACUCUCAGCGGCGGCGAAGUGCAGCGGGUCGCACUCACUACCGCGCUGGGCUCCAGCCUGGUGAACAUGCUCUACGUGCUCGACGAACCCUCCGUCGGGCUGCACCCCCGCGAUACUCGGCAAUUAAUCGACGUGAUCCUUCAGCUUCGCGAUCGUGGUAACUCGGUGGUGGUGGUCGAACACGAUGAGGCCGUCAUCCGCGAGGCCGAUCAGGUGAUCGAAAUCGGCCCCGGUGCCGGCGAACGUGGAGGACGAGUGAUCUAUCAGGGAGCGCCUGAGGAAAUUGAUGAUGAGCCCUCGAGCAUCACAGGUGAUUAUCUCUCAGGCCGUCGUGGGGGAAGUGUGCCGGCCAAGCGUCGGCAGCCCAACCACGGUUGGGUCCGUCUGGCCGGUGCUCGCGGAAACAACCUGCAGGAUAUCACCGUCGAGUUUCCACUGGGCGUGCUCUGUGUGGUCACAGGAGUUAGUGGCUCGGGCAAAAGCACACUGGUGCAGGACACGCUUUACCCUGCCCUGUGCCGACGGAUGCGCAAAGAGGCCCCCAAGCCUUAUGAAUUCGACGACGUUCUGGGCGAUGGCCAAAUCGAAGACGUGGUGCUCGUCGAUCAGAGCCCUAUCGGGCGUUCGGCCCGAUCGAACCCGGUGACCUACAUCAAGGCCUUCGACGAAAUCAGGGCCGCCUUCGCCGACACCCUCGACGCGAGGAUGCGGAACUACACGGCCAGUCACUUCAGUUUCAAUGUCGACGGUGGACGCUGCACGGCCUGCCAGGGUGAUGGACAAGUGCGAAUCGACAUGCAAUUCCUGCCCGAUGUGUAUAUGAAGUGCAGCCAGUGCCAAGGCACCCGAUAUCGGGCUGAAAUCCUGGAAGUGACCUACCGCGGGCGAAACAUCGCCGACGUACUAGAAAUGACCGUCCGCGAGGCCUUCACCUUCUUUCGCGGUUCGACCAAAGUUCAGGCCAAGCUGAAGCGGCUGAUCGACGUGGGUCUCGAUUACGUCAGACUCGGACAACCGGCCAACACGCUUAGCGGUGGUGAGGCACAGCGGCUGAAACUGGCGGGCUAUAUCUCGCAGAAACGGCGGGGGCGGUGCCUGUUUCUGUUGGACGAACCGACCACGGGUCUGCACUUCGCCGAUGUGGCCCAAUUGCUCGACUGCUUCGAUGCCCUGGUCGCGGUGGGGCAUUCGCUGAUCGUGGUCGAGCACAACAUGCAGCUCAUUCAGGCGGCCGACUACAUCAUCGAUAUCGGUCCCGGGGCGGCCGACGAGGGUGGUCAGGUUGUAGCCACAGGGUCACCCGAGGCAAUUUCGAACUGCCCCGAGUCGGUCACCGGAAAGUUCUUAGCCGAGACCCCUUUAAUGGCGCUGGUAGACGUCGAAUUCUCCGUAAAGAACCGGACCCUGAACAGCCGCGUCGCUCGCUUCUUACGUGACGCCGAUGAGCGGAUCACGGAGUUCUAUCGGACCAGCCGCGGCAGUUGCAGUGGCUUUGUGCCCAGCGACUACGCGCCCAUCUACGAAGCCCUGGAAGCGAUCGUCGACCAGAACCUCGCCCCCGGCAAUUCGUUCUGCGAAUGGGGCAGCGGCUUUGGAGUGGUGGCCUCGAUGGCUGCGAUGCUGGAUUUCGACGCAUGUGGUAUCGAAAUCGAACGUGAUCUCGUCGACGAGUCGGCACAGUUGGCCGAAGAUUACGAUUUGGAUGUCGAAUUCAUUCACGGCAGCUUCAUUCCACCCGGGGGCGCCCGCGAGGCCGAACAGGUCUACCUCCACGACAACGAUGGCUUUUCCUGGCUGGUGACCGACACCGACAGCACCUAUGAAGACUUGGGCCGCGAACCAGACGACUUCGAUGUGGUCUUCGCUUACCCCUGGCCCGACGAAGAGGGCGUAAUCUUCAACCUUUUCGAUGCUUUUGCCGCCAAGGGAGCCCUACUGCUAACGCAGGAAAAGUUCAACGUGCUCCGCCUACAGCGAAAAGUGAGCAGUCCGCAACGACUGAGGAGAGGUAAUGCAGUUAUUGGCGGGGCGAGUUGGUCUCGGGUUCUUACACACUCGCAUAAAAGGGCACGGAAUAUGGAACCAAUCAAAAUGCGUAGCUUAUUGAUGGCAGUCCUGCUGAUGCUUGGAGCGACUUGCAUCGGCUGCAAUACCCAUCCCCAGGAAGUGGAACCCACGGCCGAAGGCAACGGUUCUGAAUCAAAUGAACCCGCGGGUGACAUGGCCCACGGCAAUGGCGAAGCCCCCGCUUCUAGCGAGCCUGAAGGCUGGCCGGCUGGAGAGAACCCUGCCGAAAGCUUCGAUGAGAUGGUGAAGGAGAUCGAAUCGAAAUUUGGCUCGUUCUACCUGGUUGAAGAAACGCAAUUUUAUCCAAUCGGCUUUUCGAAGUUCAAACGGGUGAUCGAUGAAAUCGAUACCAGCGUGGACGAAGAUGCCGACCCCAAGACUGGGACCAUCAAGAUCGUGUACACCAAGCACUUCACGCUGCUGCACAAAACGCAUGAAGAUGCCGAGCAAGACAUGGACAUGUACCCGGCCAAUCCCGUUCAGACUAAAGAGGUGAUGCUCGGCAGGCUCAACCCUAAGCAGCUUCCACUCACCAUGGUGAUGACCUACACGCUCAAAGACGGCCGCUGGGUGCGAACCGAUGUGACGGUCGAGCCGAAGUACAAAGACUCUUCGGAUGUGCCCGGCCAAAUGAAGCUGCCCUAG